AUGGCCGUCUCCGUCAACACCAAACCGUCGUUCAAGCAGUUUGACGUCGUUAUGGACCACUCAGACCACCACUACUCGGACAGUAAAUGUCGUUUCAUCGACAGUACGGUCUAUAAGAAGAUCACGCGCGAGUGGAGAAUUUUGGAGAAGGAUCUCCCGGAAACCAUAUACGUGCGCACGUACGAGACACGUGUCGACCUCCUCAGGGCUGUGAUUGUCGGAGCAGAAGGCACACCCUACGAGGGCGGACUCUUCUUCUUCGACAUCAAGUUCCCGGAUAACUAUCCGAACGAACCACCAAAGGUUCAUUACCGCUCGCACGGAUUGCGGCUUAACCCUAAUCUGUACGAGACUGGACAUGUUUGCUUGAGCCUACUCAACACGUGGUCUGGCCCGGGGUGGGACUCAUCCCAAUCCACCAUCCUCCAAGUUUUGGUGUCGAUCCAAGCGCUUGUUCUCAACGACAAGCCUUACUUUAAUGAACCGGGUACUGGGUUUUUAAACCGGUGGUUUGGCAUGAAGGAUGAGUCCCAAAAAUACAGUGGGGACGCGUUUAUUUCAACAUGCAAGUUAACGUUGUAUUUGCUCCGAAAUCCACCCAAGAAUUUUGAGGCUUUCACUGCCGACCAUUUUCGUGGAAGAGCGAGUGGGAUUCUGAGAGCGUGCAAGGCUUAUGCGAAAGUCGGCUAUUACAGCAAGGAGACUGAGGCAAGCCCGUCUUCGGUUUACCUUAUGAAACAUUCCAGGAAGUUCAAGGAGUCGAUGGAGCAGUUGUACCCACAGCUGGUUGAGGCUUUUAAAAAGAAUGAGGCUUCUCGUAAGAACAAUCCGGUCAAGGAAUUUACUUCUCGGAAAAACAAUCCAGUCAAGGAAUUGAUGGCAGAGAGGAGUUCGACGAAGUUUGCAGAUCAAGUGAAGAAGAAAGCUGAGCCGGCCUUUACUCCGGGCCGGUUAUUGUCCGCUGCAUUUUUGGUCUCUGUAGCUUUUGUGUUAGUAGUAUGUAGAAAUUUCGGACUUUAUGAUCAACUAAACAACAGUUUUCUUAGUCUUAUUAGAAUGCAUUCAGGUCUGAUUGAUAGACUCAAGCAGAUGUGUACUUAUAUUCGGUACACACUCUACAUUCAGAGCUGCUACCAUAACUAUCCUACCGAUAUUAUUGUUGGGAAGUGUACAUAUACAUCUUUGUCAAAGCAUUUAUGUAGUAUAGACAACUUUGUCAAUAUCGGUGGAUAUAGAGCUGCUAUAGAGCUGCACUCUGUCAAGAUUAGUGUGCUGCAGCUCACGUGA